AUGCACCAGUUCAUAACAUUUUGUAUAUAAGGGAGUAUUUAACAAUUUUAUGUUUAAGUAUUAAAAGUUCUGAAAAUAAUAUAGCUGAGUUUAUUAUUGUAUUCAUUUUAAAAAUGAAAUUAAUAGUAUUAUUGGCAUUGAUUUCAAUAGUUUGUGCGGAUUUUGAUAUCAAAGACUAUAAAGAUGUGAUAAAUUCACGAAACUUUACGGGAAAAGUAGUUUUGGUGACCGGAAGUAGUUCUGGAAUCGGGGAGGGGAUCACUAAACUCUUCUCUAUAUUAGGGGCCAAUGUUGUGGUCACCGGUAGGAAAGAAGCGGAUGUCCAGAGAGUUUCCAAAGAGGUUCAGGAAUUAUCACCAAAGAAACUAAAGCCAUUAGAAGUGGUCGGAGAUCUCACCAAAACUGAAGACAUCAACACUUUGAUCUCAAAUACUAUCAAAACAUUUGGAAAAUUAGAUGUUUUGGUGAACAACGCCGGUAUAAUGACGCCCACAAACAUCACUCAAACAGACUUAAUUCAAGUUUGGGAUCAGAUCUUCGCCGUAGACUUGAGGGCAGUCGUCGAACUGAUCCACGAAUCGGUUCCACAUUUGGAGAAAACUAACGGAACUAUUAUUCAAAUCUCGAGUAAUUUAGGCAUAGCUCCGUACAAACCAAGCCUGGCCUACGGGACGGCAAAAGCGGCCUUAGAUAUGAUGACUCGAGUACUGGCCCUUGAAUUGGGACCCAAAGGCAUUCGUGUCAAUACAUUGAAUCCGGGCUCAACACAAACCACUGAUAAGGUGGACCCUACAUAUGAAAAGGCAAAGGGUUUCACACCACUUAAACGAUUAGGACAACCAUUAGAUAUGGCGAAAGGGGUGGCAUUCCUGGCCUCAAGUGAUGCCUCAUUCAUAACCGGCGCUAAUCUGGUGGUCGACGGCGGACUUGUCUAUAAUAUCGGCGCUUUUAAUACUUUAUAA